CCCCCGCCGCCCUCCACCCUUCCUCCCGCCACGGCAGCCAGCUCAACCUCAGCGACCACUUGGGCGGCCACUCUCCGGGCUCGGCGGUGCCGUCGGGGGGCAAGCACCGGCAGCCCAGCCCCUUGGUGCACCGGCGGGACAGCAACCCCUUCACCGAGAUCGCCAUGAGCUCCUGCAAGUACAGCGGGGGGGUGAUGAAGCCCCUCAGCCGGCUCAGUGCCUCCCGCAGGAACCUCAUCGAGGCCGAACCCGAAGCGCAGCCCUUACAGCUCUUUGGGGCCGGCGGACCCCCCGAAAUCGUCGUCUCGCGCGAGGACAACCACGCUCCCCCCGCCCGGCCCCCCACCCGCCACGGCCCCCGCGCCGACCGCCCGUCCGCCCGCCCUGCGCCCGCUACCUUCGCCAAGGGGCCCAAACGCAAAGCUCAGAACAUCGGGUACCGCCUGGGCCACCGGCGCGCGCUCUUCGAGAAGCGGAAGCGGCUCAGCGACUACGCGCUCAUCUUCGGCAUGUUCGGCAUCGUCGUCAUGGUCAUCGAGACCGAGCUCUCCUGGGGGCUCUACUCCAAGGACUCCAUGUUCUCCCUGGCCCUGAAAUGCCUUAUCAGCCUCUCCACCGUCAUCCUGCUGGGGCUCAUCAUCGCCUACCACACGCGGGAGGUGCAGCUCUUUGUGAUCGACAACGGCGCCGACGACUGGCGGAUCGCGAUGACGUACGAGCGCAUCCUCUACAUCAGCCUGGAGAUGCUGGUUUGUGCCAUCCACCCCAUCCCCGGGGAGUACAAAUUUUUCUGGACCGCGCGCUUGGCGUUCUCCUACACGCCCUCGCGGGCGGAGGCGGACGUGGACAUCAUCCUGUCCAUCCCCAUGUUCCUGCGGCUCUACCUGAUCGCGCGCGUCAUGCUGCUGCACAGCAAGCUCUUCACCGACGCCUCGUCGCGCAGCAUCGGCGCCCUCAACAAGAUCAACUUCAACACCCGCUUCGUCAUGAAGACCCUCAUGACCAUCUGCCCCGGGACGGUGCUGCUGGUGUUCAGCAUCUCCCUCUGGAUCAUCGCCGCGUGGACGGUGCGGGUGUGCGAGAGGUACCACGACCAGCAGGACGUGACCAGCAACUUCCUGGGGGCCAUGUGGCUCAUCUCCAUCACCUUCCUCUCCAUCGGGUACGGGGACAUGGUGCCGCACACCUACUGUGGGAAGGGGGUCUGUCUGCUCACCGGCAUCAUGGGCGCUGGCUGCACGGCCCUGGUGGUGGCCGUGGUGGCCCGGAAGCUGGAGCUCACCAAAGCCGAGAAGCACGUCCACAAUUUCAUGAUGGACACGCAGCUGACCAAGCGGAUCAAGAACGCGGCGGCCAAUGUCCUGCGGGAGACGUGGCUCAUCUACAAGCACACCAAGCUGCUGAAAAAGAUCGACCACGCCAAAGUCCGGAAGCACCAGAGGAAGUUCCUACAAGCCAUCCACCAGUUGCGCAGUGUGAAGAUGGAGCAGCGGAAGCUGAGCGACCAGGCCAACACGCUGGUCGACCUCUCAAAGAUGCAGAACGUGAUGUACGACCUCAUCACCGAGCUCAACGACCGCAGCGAGGACCUGGAGAAGCAGCUGGGCAGCCUGGAGGCCAAGCUGGAGCAGCUGAGCGCCAGCUUCAACUCGUUGCCGCUGCUGCUGGCCGACAUGCUGCGCCAGCAGCACCAGCGCCUGCUCGCCGCCGUGGUGGAGGCUCGGGCCGUGUCCGUGCCCGCCGGCACCCCGCAGACCCCGCUGUCCGAGAGCCCCAUCGGGGUCAGCUCCACCUCCUUCCCCACCCCGUACACUAGCUCCAGCAGCUGCUAAAAGCGCAGAGCAAAGCCCCCUCCCGGCGCUCGGCGGACAUGGGGAGAGCUGGCGGCGGUCCCGAGGACUCGGUGUUCCCGCUGGGAACGGUGUU